CUGACAUUUCGCCAAAAAACCGCGAGAUUGAGGCGAGCGCUCGAGCUUUUUUUAUUUUCCUUAGAUUUAAGAUGGCGUUCGUUGAAACGGCGGUUGUCAUCUAAACAUGGCUGAAAGAAGAUUUCAAGAGUUUUGUGACCAAGCAUUCGAGCAGACCUGCCAACAGAAGUGUAAACUGGCAUAUAGCAUCAAGGAAGGGCUGGGUGUAGCCAGCCAUACUGAUGGUUCUACUGCAUCAGUUGAAGCUGUUAGACUUCAGGAAUUACUGUACAGAAUCUUAUGUCUCAUACGGCUGAAGAAUUACAAAGAGGCUGAAGAAGAUUGCAAAAAUAUUUUAUGCUUCCAUGAAAUUCUGGGGGAAAACCUGUUAAGAGAUGUGUUGGCAUCAAUGGUUCUAGAGGGAAAACUGAAGGAUGUUUAUGAUGCUUUGUGCGAUUGUAACACUACGGACUGUAUGAAUGGAGCCUCCUUAAACCAUCUGAGACGGUUACUUCACUUGCUGAUGGAGUUGCAGCAGGCAGCAACUAAUGAUGCUCUCUUUUCAUCAGAGCAAGAUGCCAAAGAAAAUGAUUGUCGAUGGAAGUUCCGUCCACCCCCACGAGGAAUUAUUGGAAUUGAUGAGUAUUCCUUGUGUUGCCAAUAUUUGGAAUGUGGAGCAUGCCAUUUUGAAGAUUUCUGUAUGUUUGCUCAUUCUGACUCUGAGUUGCUAGAAUGGAGAGAGCGGCAUGCUUACAGACGACUUCAGUAUCAGCAACAGAGGGAGCAACAUCACCAUGGUGGCAACUAUACUGAAACAUUGAUCGAGAAAUGGAUUAAUAGUCCAAGUCCAGACAGAGUGGUGAGUGGGGCUGUUGAAGGUGUGAGAGUGGAAUGUGCUCAGGAGUUGAAUCAGGUCUCUGACAGCAGAAAGUAUGACUUCUCAUGGACAUUUGCUUUUACUUGUGAUCCUCCACGGUUACUCAACCAUGUUGCAUUUCUGACUAAUGCCUUCACACCAUGCUUUCAUAUUGCUUCCAUUGCUGCUGGUGACUCUGACAGUCUUCACCCAUAUUCCAUAUUGAAUAAGUGCCAAGAGUGGAGUCAACACUUGAGUGGUCAGAACAGGAUUGAGGAACGCGUUUAUGAAAUUGUCGUCAAAUUUUCUGCAGAGGUCUUUGGAAAUUUUCAGCAAACUAUAUUUUUUGACUUUGGAUCUGAGCCAGUUUUGAUGCAGACAGUUACAGUGUCCACACUGUCAGAUCAAGGUACAGAAGCAUUGCUACAGCAUCAGCAGCAAUCCCUUACAACAUCACAGCGUUGGGAUUCAAUGUGCAAGCAAGUGGUUGAUUUUCGACCUCAAGAGCAGACUGAUCUUGAUCUGACACUGUUGGUGACCUAUCAAAUUCCUGCUGCUGCUGACCAGUUGUUCACCCGGUCAGUUUUGGAUAAAGCAUUGAACAGACACAACUAUCAUUCUCGCUUUCAUGAUCUUCUUUACAUUGAGGAAAAUGCACAAAAUAAAGAGAUAAGCAAGUUUAAUGUAAAAGCAAAUUUGCACAUAACGACAUCCUAUGCGGUUCCUGGCAAUCAUGGUGCUGCUCGGCAUGUUCAGAAUGGUCAACUACUUGCUUGUGUUUUGUUGAAUGAUACUGUGAUAACCAAAGACACUGCUGCAGGAAGACUGGUAAUGGAAAAGGUCACUAGCGUUCUUUUGAUACCACUCAGCAAAAAGAAGGGUCUCGGAGUGAAUCAGGGAAAUAAAGAAAAAGUGUAUGAAGCACUUGUGGAAGAUCGGUCCAGGGAGUGUAUGUUGCUGAGACUCUCCAAAGAGUGUUGUGAAGAUCUGAAACUUCGACCAGAAAGAGACAUAGAGGUGGAGCUUCAGUUUCAGUUGAACCGCUUGUCUCUCUGUGAGAUGCACCUAGCUUUGGAUAAUCUGAAAGACUGCAGCCUUGUAUCCCCAGAUGUUUCUUCUCUUCUAACUCUUGAUUUGCCAGAUAGGGACUGGGAGAAGCAGCUGGACCCAAGUCUAAACUACAAACAGAGGAAAGCAGUUGGUGUUAUUGCAGCUCCCAUAUUGUUCAGUCUACCACCGAUCCUUCUGACUGGGCCAUGUAGCACUGGGAAAACAUUCACUUUGGCAAAUGUAAUCAAACAAUUGGUGAAAGACCCUGACAAAAGUCUCAGGAUCCUGUUCUGUACUCAUUCUGAUACUGCAGCAGACAGUUUCAUAAAGGACUACCUCGUUCCUAUGCUUGAAAAUGAUGCCAGUAAUCUUACUCUUCUCAGAAUCUAUCACAAAACCAAAUACGUGAAAGCUGUGCAUCCUGCAGUACAGCGCUAUUGUCUACUUGCUCGGAACCAGUCUGCAUUCCUGCUGCCAAGGAAAGAGGACAUACUCAAGUGUCAGGUGGUUGUGGCAACUGUGAGUUCAUCAAAAUACCUCUGUUGUGCUGACCUCCAACAUGGCUACUUUACACACAUUUUAGUGGAUGAUUCUUCUCGAGCUAUUGAAUGUGAAUCCAUUAUGGCCCUUGGGUUGGCUGAUAAAACCACUAGAAUAGUCCUGGCUGGAGAUCCUAUGCAGCUCAACCCUGUCAUUUACAGUGAAUUUGCUCGGGAACGAAACCUCCAUAUUUCUUUGAUCAAGCGCUUGUCGCAGCUCUACCCACCUGAUUCCUGCUAUCAUAUAUCGUUAGAAGAACAGUAUGGAUCACAUGAAGUCAUCAUCAGCCUUGCAUCUGAACUAUUCUACAGAGGAGGCCUUACAGCUAACAGCAAACAGCCAAUUCAGAAAGAUUUCUAUCCCCUCAUGUUUUGUGUGGCCUGGGGAACAGAUGUGCAAGACAAAUACAGUACCAGCUAUUACAACUGUUCUGAGGUUUUGGAAAUAGCUGAGCAAGUGGAAGAAUUGCAGAAAAGAUGGCCAGUGGCCUGGGGGAAGUUGGAUGAAAAUAGCAUAGGAGUUGUGACGCCAUAUGCCAAUCAAGCCAUGCGAAUCCGUGCAGAGAUGAAGAAAAAGGAACUUAAUGAUGUCAUUGUUGAACAGGUUUUAAACAUACAAGAUAGACAAUUCAGAGUCCUUUUUCUAAGCACAGUCAGAACACGGCACACCUACAAAGAACCUCCAGCAUCAGUGAGACGAAGAGAUGCUCACCUGGAGGAGUCUACUGAAGACUUGGAGUAUGGAUUCUUUUCUAGUUAUAGAAUGCUGAAUACCAUUCUCACCAGGACACAGUCCCUUGUGGUUGUGGUUGGAGAUCCGGUAGCUCUUUGUUCCAUUGGCAAAUGUCGGAAAAUUUGGGAGCAUUUCAUCUUCCUUUGUCACAAAAAUGGAAGCCUCCAUGGAGCCACCUUACAUGAGAUCAAGACACAGCUUGAUAACUUGGAACUCAGCAGAGGCUGUGUGCUCAACCCUCUAGCUCCUGAAUUCAUCCCUCGAACCAUUCAAAAUUUUACAGCUUUUACUGGCAGACUCCAGGCAUCACCAGCAAAGACUUGUUCUCAGGUGACCUGGUUGGGAUACCAGAGCAGAAUAGCAUUAGACCCAAGGCUUGUGGCUCGUCAGACUGCCAUGGCUUAUAAUUUCAAGUUGUUACAGACUCCAGGAAGGCUUUCACCUGGUCCUUAUAACCAUGGGACUUCGGCACAUCAAUCACAAAUGGACAGAGAUUUGGAACAUGCAAAGUCUGGUAGAGAAAGGAUGACACCAAGAUCAGAUUUGGGAUCAUUUUGGAUGCCGGGCAGAAAGAAUAAUGAUGUGAGAGAAAAGGUUCAAGGUGGCCCUGUAUGGCUUUCUGACAACUUGAUGAAUGUGACUUCGAAUAUGAAGUUUAGUCCUGGUCACAAGAACAUUCAUGAUCAGUCCUAUCCACAGUUGAUAUCACAACAAGGCUUUUGCUCACAGAAUAUUCAGAGUCGACCUUUUAACCAGCAAAAUCUGUGCAGUCCCCAAAAACACCCUACAAUCUCUCCUGGACAGACACCAGGUCACUCUUGUUAUAUCCAGGCUCAGGCAGCAUUGCCACCUCAGUUUGACACGAACAACAGAGGUCAGAUUUCACCCCGCAUUGCGGUUCAUCACCAACUGCCACCUGCUUCAGCAUCCAGCCCAACCAAUUUCUCCAAGCACCAUGGAGCUCAGCAUAUUCAUUUUGAUGAACAUGACCACAUGCUCCGAGGGCAAGCUCUCUUGGGCACAACAAAUUCCUUGUUGAAGUCCCAUGUUCAGAAGAGUAAUCGGCUCCAUUCCAGACUCAACCAAUGGACUGAACACAGCUACUCAAAUCCAGUGCCAAAAUUGCUUGACUGUGCUGGUGAUAUGGACUGUCCAAACUCUCUCAAAUCUCAAUUUCAGGAAUAUGCAUCCAAAUUCAAUCUGCAACCCUUCUAUAGUCACAUAGGCGAACUACAUGGAGACAUCCCAGUAUUUGUGCAGAAAAGCACAGAACAAUCAUCAACAUGGAAUCAGUCUCGAAGCCCUGAGUUAGCAGAGAUGCCACCUCAAUCCAGGCUACUUCAGUAUUGCCAAAAUCAAUUACAGAAUACAGGACAACAAAAUGCGCCUCAUCUCUUUGAUAGGAUGGUUAAAGACCCUCCAAAGUACCCCAUAUGUAGCCUUUAUCCUUUCCUGUCUUCUGAGCUACCACCGAACAAUUGUUACCCUUUUCAUCUGCAGAAUCCUCUACUCCUGGACUUCACUCAGACAUCUCAUGCUCCCUUGGCACAGAAUUAUGGGGGAGAAACAUCUUCAGAUCUAUUGGAACAUCAUGCAUUGGAAACUAUAGGCCACAGCCCAAACUCCACAGUCUUAACCGACAAAACAUAUACAGGGCACCAUUAUCAUCAGGAGCCAGAGAUAUCCUUUCAUUCAAAGACAUUUCAAGAAACAAUUGAGGCUGAAGUCCGAGUGUCAGGCAGACCACUGUAUCAGAGGCAUUCUGCAUCCAGCCCUCUGGGAGCAUCUCCUAUGGAAAGCAGCCAGGGUCCAAGUCCAUACUGCAGCCCCGAUCAGCAGCUAUCACCUGUCCCAGCCAGUCAGUUGCCGGGGGAUCCAAAUGAAGAGCUUUAUAACGCCAUCAGUGGUUACAAUGUCCAGUCACCCACACUGAGUCCAGAAAGAAUUGUAUACAAUGGACAGUUUUUAACAGGCCAUGGUGCUCCAGGUUUUGAGACCGAGGAAGAUGCUGGUUGUAAUAAAGGUAGUCCUAAUGGAAAUCCCCUCACACAGCCCAACCAACUUCAGUACCAGAGUCCAUCCAAGCCUGUAGAAGGCAAAGGAGCUGCCUCUUAUGCCAGUGUUCUUCGAGCUCCACCCAAGACCAUAUUGAAGUUGUCUUCAGAAGCAGAUAGGAAACCUAUUGAUCCUAUUUCUAUAUUGCAGGACCUGAGUAAGAGGUCAUCCUUAAACGACAGUGGCUACUAUUCUUAUUUUGAAUAAUUGAAGUAGCAGAUUAUGAUCACAAAAUUUAAUUUACAAUGCACUUCUCAUUGUUUUCAUUUGAGAUAUUAUUGUUUUUCUUUAAAACCCUUUUUUGUAAGAUAUUAUUGCGUGCACACAAAGAUUUCUAUAGAUGCUAUAUUGGACAUGUAGAAAGCUGUCAUUUGUGAAAAUGUUUCUUUUUACAAAAGCUUUUCAUCUCUGCUUAUUUGCACAUGAAGAUGAAUUCUGUUGAAAUGGGUAUUGUGAGUUUUUGUGGGGUUUGUUCUAUUUAUUUUGUAUUUUUUGGGAGGGAAAAUGUUGUACCAAAGCUUAAUUUAGACUUUUAAUUUUGCUGGUGUUUGAUUUUGUACUAAUAUGAGCGUGACACGUGAUGCAGCCCUCUUCCAACCAGAGAGGAAAAUCAACCACACUUCUCAGAAUCAGUCUGCCGUACUCAUAAAGAGCAUGGUUGGAAACUAAGUGAUGUGAGAGAGACGCUAAGCCCAUUAAUAUUAUGUAAUCAGUGUUUCAAAGAUCAAGAGUAACAUUGCAAGAGAAACACAGUGAUAUUUUAAAUUCUGUUUGUUUUCUAAAUUUUACAAACUCCUGUUCUCACUGAGCUUUGUAUUUAUGUUACGGGGUGAAUAUGCUCUAUUGGAGCUGUAAUACUGUCUUCCGUUGUGAAGAUAUGACAUAGCAAAUGUAAUGAGCUUUUAGCACUGCCACUUCUGACCUUUUGCAUUUUCAGCGUUCUUUUGAAUCUCAGUGUCCAAGCUAUAUAUUUGACAUUAUCCAAAGUCUGUAGUGUUUCUCAAUUCUCUUUACGUAGUAAUGUAUUUAAUAUGGUAUUUAAAAAAAAAAUCUUGACUGCAUUCAGCAUUUGUAACUGUUGUAAUUUUUCCGUUGCUAAGCUACGCUAUGAUUUCUUAAACUGCAUGGUGUCUACCUUAAAUGGUAAUGACCUCCUUUCUUUGAAUUUUUAGUUACUUUCCUCUGUUGCACAGAAAGUCUAUAUCAAAACUGUAUCAACAGUUGUAUGCUUCCAAUUUACUGACAGCUCAAGCUGUUCACUUCAACAAGCUAUGCGGAAAAAUGUUUGAU